CUGUUUUUCACAAACUAGAUCAAAGCACGAAGCUUCCAACUCUGCCUCUCUUGCUCUUAUCUCCUGCUCAGAUUGUCGUUGUUGAGUCAUGGAGGAGAUUUUAGAUUUCUCCCAAACUCAACGCAUCGUCUUCCUCAUAGAUCUCCAUCCCCUUCUCUAUCUGGAAAAUUCUACUCCUUACAUCACUUCUAUACUCAGAUCGGUUCGAGCUCUCCUCACGUUUCCCUCUCUAUCAUCCUCCCUCUUCGCAUUCAAGCUCUUCUUCUCCUCUCUCUCCCCACUCCUCUCAUCCUCCAAACUCCACCAUCUUCUCGGAAAGUCUACCUCUUCUUUCUCCUUCGACCGUCCCUCCGACACACUUCUUCAUCUCUCUGAAACCCUAAACUCCCUUCCUGCCCUGCUUUCGGAAGCGCUAAUUUCACCUCCUCGGGCCUCGUUCACCGCCAGUUCGCUGCAUCAGCUCUUUCACGACUAUGCCUGGGAGUACCCACUGCAAGAUUUGAUUGGUAAGGCGAAUGGUCUUAAUGUUGUUCGGUCGAAUAUGAUUCUUCUCUUCUCACCCAUUUCUAGAUCUUUAAAAUGUUUAUCCGAUUUCAUGAAUGUGGGAAUUGAUGAUGAGACUCUAGUGUCUUUCCAUACGUUUUCUGAUAAGUUUGUUAAAAAAUUUGGCACUUUAAGUGAAGGAUUUAUUGACAGAGACAUACACUUCAGUUGGAUUGACGUCAACUAUGAACAGGACAUCCAAGAGCAAAGUGUUGAGAGAGAUAACAUACCUGCUUUAGGGUUUCUUGAGAGGGGGAUUAAGAGCUUGGGUUGGGGCUUUUGUUCAACAGAUGCAAUUGUAUUAGGUUCUGCUCUCAUUCCUUUUGGGUUGAUUUACCCAAACAUCGGGUGCUAUUUGAAGGGCUUUAAUUACAAUAACUGCCGCAACACUGCUCGAGCAGAAUUGAGUCUUCAAAUAUCAGAUGUUCGUGGGAGACCCUUAGACUGCAAGUGCUGUGAUCUCGAAAUGCUUGAUCUGAAGCAGCUAGCCAGGCAACGAUCUGACGAUGUCAUGGGGGUUGUAGGGUCCGGAAAUUCAGACACUGGGGACUCUGGUCAAGAGGAAUCAUUGUGGAGAAAUCUCGGGGAUGGAAUUACCAAGAUCCAGAUCACAGAGGUGAGAAGGAACAAUAAAAGCUCAGCUCCCAAGGGCUGCUUUGGCCAUUUUGUUCUACUGCGUGCUCUCUCAGGAGAAUAUGGGAAAGAUCAAAAGACAGAGAGUUCAGGUGGGUUUUUUGCAAAUAAGAUUCUAGAAAUGCUAAGCGUUGGAAAAACUGAAUUCCUAUUGUGCAGGCGAAUACCCAUUUGGCAACUUCUUCUCACUUUUUUGUAUAGGGAAGGCUACUGGGCCGUGGUUUCUGUUUCAAAACGGGAUGGAGGUUGUUUUAUGGGAAUCUUAAAACCAUUCACAGUUCAUUCUGCUAUACUCUCUAUAAUUGGUAGUGGGCUCUCCCCCCAUGAUACUGUAAGUGAUUCCAGUAGGGCAGAUAGUAGAGUACAUCAAAAUACUGCUGAUUUAAAUCAUUCGAGCAGUUUAACCAUUGCCCAGUCUGAUGGUUCGUCUUCUGAAAUGUCCUUAGUGGUGGAUACUAAGGAUAAAAGAAAAAGGAAGAAAAAGCACGCAAAUCUGCUUCAAGAUUUCACAUGGUGCUCCUUCUAUAAGGCAGUCCUUAACCAAUUUGAAAUGGACUUGGAAGAGGUGUAUUUUGCUAGAAAAUGUAACGACUCUAAGAAGCUGAGAUUCUUGAAAUGCUGGAUGAAACACAUAAGGAAGUCAAGUAAUUAUUGCCCAGUUGAACCAAAUGAACUUGAAUCAUAUCCUGAUAUUGAAAAGGACAUGGAGAGAAGACUAGUUGGUUCACAGCAAGAAAGUGAACAGCCUGUCUCAUCUCCUCUCUCAACUGGAGAUGAUUCUUCCCUGGUAGCAUCUGGAAUGAAGGAAGAAGUCGCUUCUGUUUCUUUCUUAGAAACGUCAGAAGCCUUCUUUGGGAGUAUUUCUCAGAAGAUUCAGAACAGCCUUGAAUCUUCCGAAGUGGACUUGGGAGCUUUGGUAGAGCGGCUUGUGGAAUCAUCCAUCCAAUGGUUGUGUUGGAAGCAUGAAUUAGAUAUCAAUGCACCUGAGGUCCAUCCACAUGGCGCUUGUGAUGGAUUGGUUGCUGACCUAGUAAAGCUUUUCCUGAAGGAGCCUAAGGAUUUAGCAGCAAAGUAUAAGGGGGUUGAUCAAUCAUCUCAUGCAGUUGGGAAAAGUCCAGCCAUGUACAGCUCAGAAGAUAUAGUUCGAGAGUAUGAGCUACAGAUUUUGCUUCGUAUGGAAAUGCUCCGAUCAACGAUGAGAGGGUAUAUUGAAGAGACAAUGAAAAAGAAGAUGGUGAAGCAGAUUUGCUCCCUCCUAGAGAUCAUUCCGUAUCAUUUGGCAGGAGGAGUUUUUGGUGAUGAUAGCCUUGAUGCAUACGUGGGAAAGAUCAUAAAAAAUAGGUAUUCAAAUUCUCUAGGCGAUGUGGUAAGUAGAAUCUACACUCGAAUGGAUUUAUUGUUGUUUGAUGAAGGAGAAUCCCUUGGGUCCCAACUCAACAGCGAGGAGAGUGACCAACCUUGGAAAGGUAUAGCAAACAAAAAUGAGGUACAUGGAGAUUGCAGAGUAGGCAAUGGAUCCACCUCUGUGGAAGAUGAGUCUCUCCAACCAUCAGGAAAUGAUUCCAAUUGCAUGCGGAGAACUAAGGAUGAAGAGCAUCUGCGACAAUUGAUGGAAGCUCAGGAAAGGAGAGAGAGGGCUAGAAGGUUUGCAUCUUUCACAAGCUGGGUGCCAGAUCUGCAGAGGGUAUGGGCCCCAAAGCAACCGAAGACAGUGACAGCAAAGCAUGAGUCACUAUGGAAGCUUCCAAAGAAGAAGAAACGUCGAGAAGUCAGCUAUGAUAUCGUCUGUGAAACCCCAAUGGUGGAUAAGCAAUGUGGGAGCAUUAGGGGUGAAGGGCAACCUAGUCAUGGGAUUAACUCCUAUAGUUCAGUUUCUAAGGUUUUGUUUCAGGAUGAAGGUAAUGGAACCGGUACCAAUUGCUUGAUCUAGAGGCCCUG